CUCUUUAAAAGCCUGCCCCGCGGCGGCUGGAGGCGCGGAGACCCGUACGCCCCAGCCCGGCGGCCGGCCCGACCAGCGCCAUGGCGGAGCAGGUGGCCCUGCUAAUUGGGGGCCUCGCUGGGGGACUACUGCUGCUACUGCUAUUGAUCUGGGUAAGCUGCUGUCUCUGGAAGAGGCUUUGUGCCACGUUCACGUAUGAGGAGCUGCUGGGGACCACAGCUGCGCCCAGCACACAAGGGGACAAGCCCUGGCCACCGCACACCGGGACCCAGACAAGCAGGCCACCAGGUGUGCCAUUCGUGGUGCCCCCUUCCCUCCAAGACCGAGACUGGGUACCCCUGCACAAUGGAGAGUGGGCUCAGGUCCCACGGGCCCCUUGCCCAGACCCAAAGCUCCUGCCCCACACCUCCAGCAGCAACGUUGGCACAGUGGGGGCCAUCAACCCAGAGCUAUACAAGUUCCCAGAGGACACAAGUGAGACGGACUUCCCUGCGGGUUGCCUGGGGCGGCUGUGGUUCUCUGUGGAAUACCAGCAGGACACCGAGCAGCUGCUGGUGGGCUUGAUCAAGGCGCGGAGGCUCCAAGGCCCCUCAGAGACCUGCAGCCCCCUGGUGAAGCUCCACCUGCUGCCCGAUGAGCGCCGCUUCCUUCAGUCCAAGACCAAACGCAAAACCCCCAACCCACAGUUUGAUGAGCACUUUGUCUUCCAGGUGUCCAGCAAGAGCAUCACUCAGAGGGUACUUAGGUUCUCUGUGUACCACGUGGAUAGACAGAAGAAGCACCAGCUCCUGGGCCAGGUGUUCUUCCCCCUGAGAAACGAGACCCUAGCAGGUGACUGUCGGCGCCUCAUCUGGAGAGACCUGGAAGCUGAGAGCCUGGAGCCUCCCUCCGAGCUUGGAGACCUGCAGUUCUGCCUCAGCUACAGCGACCGCCUGCACCGCCUGACCGUGGUCGUGCUGCGAGCCAAGGGCCUCCAACUCCAGGAGGACACGAGUUUUGUCAGUGUGUUCGUCAAAGUGUCUCUGAUGAACCACAACAAGUUUGUCAAGUGCAAGAAGACUUCGGCUGUCCUGGGCUCCGCCAACCCUGUGUACAGCGAGACUUUCAGCUUCAAGGCCAACCCCGCCGAGCUGGACACCGCCAGCCUCAGCCUGACAGUGCUGCAGGGUGCCGAAGGGGACAGUAAGGCUGUCCCCCUCACUGCCCCGGGCUGUUGGGGACAUGGGCAAAGGAGGAGAAUCAGACAGUGUGGACCCUCAGAGAGGGAUUUCUGUUCUCUGCCUAAGGAAAUAGCACUCAGAGAGGCUGAGAUACGUGCCCAGGACCCAGAGCUUGCUAGCAGGGAGCUGGGAUUCACGUGCAGACUCUGUGGCACCAUAUGCAGAGAGAGCCACGCGCUGGGCCGGGUGGUGGUGGGCCCCUACAUGUACGCCCGGGGCAAGCAGCUGGAGCACUGGAAUGAGAUGCUUAGCAAGCCCAAGGAGCUGGUGAAGCGCUGGCACGCGCUCUGUCGCACCACUGAGCCCUGACUCGGCUCACAGCCUUGGGUCUGCAUCUGGAGCCUGCUCUCCCCCGUGGCAGCCACCGGCCUGGAUGCUCCAGCCACUAUCUCUCUGGGCUGCGGGGCCAGCCGGAGCCAGGGGACUGUGAGUGCCGAUGUGCAGGGGAGAAGGGACAAGAGAGCCCCGGGCAGCUCUGCGGCAUGGCUGGCUGCCACCUGCUGGCCUCAGGGACCCUCCCAACUUACUCCAUCCUCCUCUACCCGUGGGGCUGCCUGGGCUCCGAAUCCCAGCUCCUGGGCAUCACAAUCCCUAUUUAGACCAGAAUCUCAGGCAUUCAGGAGCAAUCCUCUAUUCAGCGAUAGCAGAGCUCUGUGCGCUCUUUGGAAACAUGGGCUCCACCAUCGUGGAAAGCUGAUGGCCUGUUGAUGCAUUAGCUGUAUCAGCUCCGGUUUUCCCUGCCUUCCACCUAGCAGAGAGCACAAACUGCACCGGCGGAAUAAUGGGGUGCAUGGGGUACCCAAAGCACCCCCUAAUUUCAGCUGGUCCACAAUAAAUUGCACAGACUGAGAGUUGGGUUGGGCACAUUGGUGUGGAAGAGCCCCAGGAUGCCCAGGCAGCGCCACGUGCCCACAGCUUGGGGAGAGAAAGCUCUCAGGGACCAAGACUUGCUGGCUUUAGGACCCGGGAAGUAAUGCUGGGAGCAGCCCACCCAGGUAGCAAGUGGUAGACAGGUUCUUGGACCCAGGUAGCAAGUGGUGGACAGGUUCUUGGCAUCCGCUCCUUGUUCGAGGCAGGAGGCCCUCACCUGUGUGUUAGGUCCCUCCCAGGGCCGUGUCAGACCCUGGCCCACAUCAUGCCAUAUUUUGCCCAUAGUCCAAGCCUCACACCCCUGGUCUUAUGGGUGCUCUGCUGAUUUCUGGGAUCUCCCUGGUUGACAGCAUUCAGCUCCUUGGGGAGGAGGAAAUUCACUUGAGGCAGGAAAUGGUGAAAGUAUGUGGCUGAAGUGUAGCCCACCGGGCUGAGAGCUUUUCCUGUAAUCCUAGUGAUUUCAUUACAGCGACUGUGUUGUAGCAAAUGUUCGUGUGACGUUCACGAAGAUGGAAGUUUCCACGAAUCACAGUCAUCAAAUCCCCGUGAAGUUGUACUCGAGGUAAUGAGCUGUCAUUGCACCUGACACUAUUGCGUAACAGGCAGCCUGUAUUUUCAGCCAAAUGCCGUUGAACUUGUGGGGUCAACACAUGGUAUUGCGUAACUGGAACAACCUCUAAACCAGUGUUGUCUCUUUUCUUAUGCGGUGAAGCAACUUCAGCAAAAGAAAGUAAGGAUCAG